AUGAGGGACGGGAAGUUGACGGACGGGUGGAUACAGGACGCCGAGGAGGUGUACGAACGGGCGAGUGGCGCGCAGAGUUGCGUGUCCUCCUCAUCCUCCCCCCUCAACUUCGCGAAUCCGCACCUUCCGGCCGAAGAAGAUCCGCCUACACCUCCUCUACCGCCUUACCGGAAGAUUCUCUACCUCAAGCAGCCCUACCCCGACAACUACGUCGACGCGACCUUUCUCGCCGACCUCAAGCGGAAUGUGAACGUGCACCCGGCCUCUCUACCCGCCCUCCUCCGCCAAACCCUCCCAAUCACCCAGCAUCUCGCCUGCACCUUUCUCUUCGUCGCGGUCUUUGUCCGCCUCUCGCGCGGCACACUCUCCUCCUCGACCCUCCUGUUGAUCUGCGCCGGGUUGAGCGUCGUGCUGAGGGUCUGGUCGUGGCUGAUCGGCGAGUCGAGCUCGUUGCUUGGCGGGGCAGCGGGACGAGGAGGAACAGCCGUCGCACCCGUCAUCCCGCUCGUUGCGCUCUACCUUCUCUCGCCCGCGCUCAAGACGCUCACGAGGGCGACAACGUCUGACUCGAUCUGGGCACUGAGCGGAACGCUCUUUGCAGUCAAUCUCCUCCUCGGCGACUACCGCGCGAUUCCUACCACCUCGUCACUCCGCUUCCACUCGUUUCGCGCCAUCUUCUCCCGCUCGGCCUUCUCGUCACCCGCCCCGCACGGCCACCUCGCUCGACGCGCGCCCCUCCCUUCAACCCUGUCCCUCACCGCCGCCUUGUCCGGCUCCACCGUCCUCGCCUCCCGCCUCUCGUCCAAUCUCCAAGUCUUCUCCCUCCUCCUCUUCUCAACCCUCUGGUUCGGCCCCUUCCCUCUCCUCCGCUCGUCCCUCACCCUCCGCCCAACACUCCUCCUCACCUGGCUGCUCUCGACCGCCGCGCUCGUCGCCUUCCGCAGCCUCGGAACCGGUCCGACAGUCAUGGCGAGCCUGAUGUUGACCGGCACGAGCGUCGUCGCGCCCCUCGUGAGGGGAUGGCUGAUGAUUCGGUACAAGGACAGGUUGAGCGGGCCGUGGGAUGCGGCGGUGCCCAAGGUCGGAGGCGGUGGGCACGACGGGGUUGCGCAUCUGGCGCACCUCUUGCCGGGCAGGCCGCCAAGUUGA